CGUUAAGUGGAAGGAAGUUUCCGUCAUGGCGGCAAGGUGGUAACUUCCACUCUAUUCGAUAAGUUGGCUUGGUUUCGCAUAGGCCUUAUGGUGCUGUAGGAGAUUGAAAAUCAAACAUGCGAUUGGGAACAAUCGUCGUUCAGCAACUAGAGGAUGAGCCACCUUUAGUUCAAGCCUGUUUUCAUGGUGAUGCUGAUGAAGUGAGAGCACUCCUGUUCAAACGAGAAGAUGUCAAUUAUCAGGACUUGGAAAAACGCAGCCCACUUCAUGCAGCUGCAUGCUGUGGGGAAGCAGAAAUUGCUGACCUUCUUAUCUUGAGUGGGGCUCGUGUGAACACAAAGGACAACAAGUGGCUUACACCUCUUCAUCGUGCCUGCUGUUCUAAGAGUGAUGACACUGUUGAGAUCUUGUUAAGACAUAAUGCUGAUGUCAAUGCUCGUGACAAAAACUGGCAGACCCCUCUUCAUGUAGCUGCAGCCAACAAUGCUGUGCGUUGUGCAGAAUACCUCAUUCCUCUUUUGACUAAUGUUAAUGUUUCGGAUCGUGCUGGCAGGACCAGCUUGCAUCAUGCAGCCUUCAAUGGUCACAAAGAGAUGGUAAGUCUUUUGUUGGAGAAAGGGGCUACAAUCAAUGCCUUUGACAAAAAGGACCGCCGUGCAAUUCACUGGGCAGCCUACAUGGGGCAUGUAGAAGUCGUCAGAAUUCUGGUGGAACAUGGUGCAGAGCUGAAUUGCAGAGACAAAAUGAUGUACACACCUCUUCAUGCUGCUGCUGCCAGUGGACAGAUCAGUGUUGUGAAGUUGCUGCUGGAGCUAGGGGUGGAAGUAGAUGCAGUAAAUGUCUUUGGCAAUACAGCACUGCAUGUGGCCUGCCUGAAUGGUCAAGACAUCGUCGUUAGCAAGCUGCUAGAGUUUCAUGCUGCUGUCAGUGCUGUAAAUAACAAGGGCAUGACUCCUCUACAUUUUGCUGCAGCAUCAACCCAUGGAGGAAUUUGCCUUGAAAUUUUGGUCUCAGAGGGUGCCAACACAAAGGCACAGAGCGAGGAUGGCCGUACAGCACUACACAUGACUGCCCUGCAUGGUAGAUUUACUCGGGCGCAGACUUUGAUUGAGCAUGGUUGUCUUAUCAAUGCUACUGACCGACUAGGCAACACAGCUCUUCAUGUAGCAGCACGUUAUGGGCAUGAACUAUUAAUUUCCACAUUGUUGGAAAGGGGAGCUGACCCAAUGCAUCGAGGCUAUGCAGGCAUGCUACCUAUACAUGCUGCUGCUUUGAAUGGUUAUGUAGAUUGUGUAAGAAAACUUCGAGCUGCCAUGCCAGCCAUUGAUAUCAACAUCACAGAUGAUGCUGGGCGCACAUGCUUGCAUGGUGCUGCAUGCAGUGGGAAGGUAGAAUGUGUGGAAUAUCUUCUGACAGAAGGAGGGGACAUCAAUUUACAGGAUGCUGAGGCUCGAACACCUUUGCACUAUGCUGCCGCCAAUGUCCACCAGCAGUGUGUCCAUGUUUUGCUCAAUGUUGGUUCCAAUGUAAAUUUAACAGACCGCCAUGGCUGUACACCACUUCACUACGCUGCAGCAGCUGAUAUUGAUGCUAAAGUUAUAGAACUGCUGCUGCAGCAUGAUGCCCGGCCAGGUAUUCGCGACAAUGAGGGUUACAAUGCUGUGCAUUAUGCAGCCUUAAAAGGAAAUAAACUUUCCCUGGAAAUGCUUCUUGAUGCUGCAGCAACAGAUCUUUUACGUGGUGGAGCACCUUACUCACCUGGUCAUUUAGCAGCUUACAAUGGGCACAAUGAAGCAUUGCAUGUAUUACUUGGAUACAUGAUGAACUUAGAUGUCAAAGAUGCUAAUGGAAGGACAAUGCUAGACUUAGCAUGUUUUAGUGGCCGAUCAGAUUGUGUUGAAUCCCUUUUGCUGCAAGGCGCUAAGAUUGUCACUCAUGAUGAUGUCACACGCAGAACUCCACUUCAUGCAGCAGCAAUGAAUGGUCAUACCAAGUGUUUGCAUUUUUUGCUGGAGACUGCUGAGGACAGUAAUGUUGUUGACUGUACAGAUGCUCAUGACAGAACUCCUUUAAUGAUGGCUGUUGAGAAUGGUCACAUAGAAAGCACAGUGUUCCUAAUUCGAAAUGGUGCUAUUGUCAAUGCAAGAGAUGCUGAUGGCAGAACGGCCUUACAUCGGGCAGCUGCUAAUGGCCAUGAAGAAUGUGUUGAUGCCUUGAUUCACCAUGGAGCAGAUAUCUCCAUGCAAGAUAAUCGUGGUCGUACUCCACUGCACAUGGCUGCCAUGUGUGGGCAUAUUGGUCUUUUCAGCUCAAUGAUAACGGCAGGUCCCAUUGAAAACAUUGAGGAUUCGAAGGGCUUCACUCCUCUGCAUUUUGCAUGCUACAAUGGUCAUGAAGGUUGUGUAGAAAUUUUGCUGGAACAUGACCAGUUUAAAAAAAUGGUGGGGAACUCAUUCUCUCCACUACACUGUGCUGUGAUAAAUGGAAAUGAUAGUUGUACAGAAAUUCUCAUAGACACUCUUGGUGAAGAAAUUGUGAAUACUCAAGAUGCCAAAGGAAGAACCCCCAUCCAUGCUGCUGCCUUUUCGGACCAGGGGGAGUCACUGCAGCUUCUGCUAAGCCACAGAGCAGCUGUCAAUGUGGUUGAUAAACAAAGCCGCACACCACUUAUGUAUGCUGCAGCCAAUGGCAAUGUCACAGCUGUUGAGCUGUUGCUGGAAAAUGGCAGUGAUCUGACUGUUUCGGACAACGACAGAAACACACCACUGCAUCAUGCUUGUUUUCAUGGUCGUGAAGAUAUAGCCUUAUUGUUACUAGACAAAAUUGAUGAUGCGCUUACUGUUAAUAUGGCCAAUGCGGAACUUAAGACACCAUUACACAUAGCAGCCAAAAAUGGUCUUGUACCUGUUGUUCAAGAUCUUAUCUCUAAAGGGGGCAGCGUGCUGGCUUUAGAUGAAAAUGGUCACACACCUGCAUUGUCAUGUGCUCCAACACCUAGGGUAGCAGACUGUUUAGCUAUUAUCUUGGCUCACAUGCCUUUCCCAGCUACACCAAAUCACACCCUUGUUCGCUGCCACAAGCUGGAGGCUCAUACUGCUGGCUUUGGUGCUACUCGGACUCUUGAUGGAUCAGAGCCAGUAAAUCUCUGUAGUCCAGCUGGCAGUGUUCAUGACACAAAGGAUCACUCAGGUUCCUAUCAGAGCUCUGAUUCAGAGUUUUACUGAAAAUAUGUGCACUUCACAGAUGCUGUGCCAUCCGGACUUAGCACAGCACAUCAUCUUAAGGACCAUGGGUGCUUGGACACAGACCAGACACAUGCACAGUUAUGCAUCCUUUUGUUUUUCUCCAGGCUAAAUCAGGGAUAUCCACCUCUUCAUGUGCCGCUUCAUAGUUCUGUCUUGCCUUACAGAGGCAAGUUCACGAACCAGUAUGUCUGACUUUUACUGUUGUGUCAGGUCCCUUUUUAAAGUAAGGCCCAUUUUUACCUGGCUGCAUCUGUAGCUGGCAGAAUGCUACUGAGGUGUUUGUUAAUUGCUGUGAUUGCCUUUAAGAAAUGACAUAUUUGUAGUUGUACAGCAGUGGAUAGCAUAGGAUGCUUGAAAAAAAAAGUGUGUGUCAAGGUAGUAAUCAUUUGGAUUUUAUGUGUGUAUGGUAUGUAAAUUUCGUAUAGUUGGCUUUGAGAAAGGUUGGGGCAAGGGUGUAGGACAAUGCAGGAAUUUUGUGUAUGUUUAAAUGCAUAUUUAUACAUAUAUUUCUCAGUAAAGAAGGGUAUACUUAGAACUGUAUCUCUCUUCUUUGUUAUCAGAAAUUGGACAUAAGUAUAUUUUGUGCUUUUUUUUUUUUUAUAAACUUUUAACAGUGUUAAUACAGAAGUUUUUUGUGAUGGGGGUAGAGGAAGGUCUGGCAUAUUCUUUUUCAUGUCAUCAUGGCAGUGAUCACGGCAGGAAUUUUAACUAUAAAAGUGUUUUAAGCAUCAAUCUGUUGAGGCUAUAUUAUUGGAAACUUGUUUAGAACUAAACAUUUCACUCUCAGUGCACAUAUGCACAUUUUUUGUAUUGCAUGUUAAAUAGGAAAUUCAUUGCUUUGCUUCAUUUUUCAUCUUACGGAGCUUUUUUGUGCACAGGGUAGUUGCACAAAAAAAGUAGUCGUAUUUCCAAGCUGAACAGCAUGCAUUGGCUGUGUAUCCGUGAUGGAUGCUUGAAAGCAAGCCAUUUUCUCUUCCAUGUAGGGAUAUUUCACCAGAAUUUGAAUAAGUCGUUAGCAUAUUUCAAACUUUUCGCUCAUAUUUUUAAAAGUUGGUUUUAACAUUUGCUCAUAUUUUCUUUUGACUUAUGGGUAGGGGGUAUAAUGUGUUUUAAAGAUUAAAAUUAUUUGAGAGAGAUAAUAUAUAUAUUGUAGGAAGGGGAUAGAUGGGUGGAUGAGAUGUGUGAUAGGUGUGGUUUAUGUAAAGUUUUGUGUCCAAAGUUUGUUGAUUGUAAGAUUUUCAGAAAGGUAGGCAAAACAUCUCGUCUUUUUUAUUCUUAUUUUCCAGGUCUUCCUUAAAACAUGGUGUUUUUUGUUCGUCUUUUUGUAGAUUUAGGAAAUUUUGCAUGUGUGAAUGGUUGCAGGGAGGGUUGGAGAAAAAGUUACAUUUUAAGUCUGGCAGUAUUCCUUCAGAUAUAAAUUAUCAAAGUUUGGUGCUUUCUGAAUCUGAAUGGUUGUAAUUAAUUGAAGGGCAUGCAACUUUAUUGUUACACGCACCUGACCAGGCUAAAAGAGUUCAGGAAGAAAGUAGGUGAGGGAAUGGUGAAAGAGAGAACUGCAGUGUUUGACUGGUUAAAACAUGGUUUGUUUCAUUUUUGGUUUUGUUUUUUGUUGUUUUUGUUUUCAUUCCUUGAAACUGCUUCACCAAAUGCUUGAAACAACCAAAGUUUAUGUUCAUCAGUAUUUGAAAUGUGUUGUUAUUGCCUUCUUCUUUGUUGUAGUCACUGUCAUGUCAUUGCCAAUAUCAUUAUGUCCUGACCUGCUUAUUGUGUGUAUGCUCUAAACAGCUGAACUUUUUAAUGCAGUGCUUUGAUUUGUAAUUUAAUGUUACUAUGCUGAGAGACUACUGACAAUUUUUAAUUUUGGAAUAGAUGUCUAAAUGUCUCUGCAUUGCAACUUUUUCUCUUCACCCCACUCAGUCUCUCUCUCUCUCACACACACACACAAAAUUAGAUUCUUUUAAAUUUGUUCAUUUCCACCCCCACACCCCACCUCACCACUACCCCACUUCUUCUACUUUCUUUUCUUUGUUUAUACCCCUUGAAGUUGUUGAAGUUGAGCAUCUUUUUAGUCCAGAAAUCCUAUCAGAGGAAUUCCAAUGAAAGGAGCUGUUUUAUUUUUUGAAAAGUGAUGUUUCUGGUGAUGCACGUUUGGUUUAUGAUCUUUGUGAGAAUAUAGAAUAUGAGAGUUAAAUGUUUUUUCAUCUUACUUGCUACCUUUGCUGAAGUAGUUGGGUUACAUCAGUAUAGGCAUAAGAUGCAGUGUGAAGAAAAUGCACUGUGCAUAAACAUCGGCGAGGGCUUAGUCUACAUUGUUCAAUUUACGUUUGCAAAUGCAUUAGGAGAAACAAGGUCACAGCAAUCUAAUAUUCAGACUGCAUUCAUUCAAAGGGUUUUGUCAAAGAAUUCUGCCUGCUUUUUUAUCCCUCUGUCUGCCUUUAAAGAAAGAAAACCUCAGUCUCCUUAAUAUGAAAUAACUCUGUUGAUUUGUGUGUGAGUGUCUUUAUAUGUCUUCUUUAAUUCUGAAAGCUUGUUUUAGCCCUCUGAAUAAUUGGUCAGUCAGUUGCACAAAUGCAAAUCCAUGCAGGUCAGUGUCAACCUUUGGGCCUUAAUGUAUAACUGUUUACAUUUUGUGGAAUCAGUAAAUAUUGAUGGGAUUGUACAUAGAUGUAUGAUGGUGC